AUGCAGCACACGCCUCUCCCGCUCUCCACUUCGUUGAGCGCUCCCAGCUUGCAGCAUGUUUCAACACGCGACUCAAAUUUUGACCUUCGCGACGCUCCUUCUGCUGCCAAGGCGCUAUCCUACACACCCCACCUCCCAGCAUCUCUCGGCAUCGGCUCUCCACGACCACCGACAAAGUCAUUGAAAGAGCGCCUCAGAUUCUCCAAAACUGCUUGCUCGUCCUCCUCCUCCUCCUCUACUCUGCCAGCUUCUCGUUCCAACACCGAUGGCCUCCAGUUCCCUCCCACUGCCGCUUCUGGCUUUUCUGCCUCCAUUCCAAUCCCAACGUGGCGCUCGCAAGCUUCGAGCACCCACUUGACUUCGCACACUCCCAACGCUCUUCCCAGAAGCAGCAGCACCGUCUCCCUCGGCUCCAUGUCUACUUCCACUUCGUCUCGCAAUUUUCUCGUGCCCAUCGGUGCUACCGGUGCGCGUCAAAGGCUCUCCAUUGCUAGUGCUUCACAGCGACGCAAGCUCGCCCAGUCCGAAGACGCAAAGUCGUCCGCAGACAGUCCAACCACUCACAGGCAUACGGAUACUCUCGCUCUCCAUCGUUCCCAAUCCGACCUGGAUAACCUCGCCCCUUUCGACGGUGCAUCCUCCCAAUCCGCCUCUGUCGGUGUCUUGACCUCCGCCUGUGGCUCACCAACGCCCCUUGCAUCGCAGUCAGCUACAAAUUCGACUCCUACUCCUGCAGAGUUGAUUCAGCAAGCCGCCAUGCAGCGUCUCUCUUCGCAGCGCUUUAUGGCCAAUCCUAAGGCUCAAAGCCAUUCCGACAACACCGUGUCUGCCCGUCCUUUCUCCAGUCGAAUCAACCCUACCACGCCUAAGCCAUCCGCAUCCGCAUCCGCAUCCGCACCCGCACCCGCACCCGCAUCCGCAUCCGCAUCCCCAGCAACGCGACAAGUUCCGCCUUCUUCCUCUGUGAGACCGCCGUCAUCCACCCCAGACAGACACGCAGACGUCCCAUUGCCUGCCACCUCAACACCUGCACCGUCUCGACUACCUGCCGUGACCGGAACCGAUCUAGACAACCCCCCCCUCGCCGACACCAGCAGCAUAGCAUCCAAGCCUCUCACUCUCGCUGAAUCCUACAAGCGCGCCAUGCUCGAGCGAGACGCUGAGCGCGAUGCCGAGCGCGCAAAGGCCUCGGCCGCUCGUGUCAAUGCCGCUUCGCCCACACUCGCGCCUGCUCCUGCACUUCCCCAAGCAUCCGCACCCACCUUGAACCUCGACCUGCCCAGCAUGAGCUUCUUCGAUCACGAAACUGCCACGAAGAGCAGCACCACUACGCCAGCUCAGCCUCCUUCUCCUUCCGCUACCUUCACAAAGCAGGAGCCAACCACUUCCAAGCCAUCGACACUGCCCACCGCAGACGACAGCAGCAAACGAAUCGCAUCCCUCGAUAGCGCCACACCACCACAGCACGGCUCGACUCUGCCCAGCCUGCACACGUCGCUCGACCAGAACAAGGCGAUACAGGCCCGCAUCAAGCUCGGCUCGAACGACGAACCUGCCUACGAUGGACUGUUUGACAGCGACGUCAGUCCGUUCGACGCCACCUCCGAAGACAGUCUGCUUGCACGCUCCUAUCUCGCUCUGUGCGACGACGACAACGACGUACACGCCAACAACAAUAACAACAAGAACAACAACAACAACAACACCACCACCAAAAACAACAACAACGACGGCGACGAUGCUGCUCACCGUCCAAGCAAGGCUACGCCCAAGCAGAACACGACGGCUUUGGAUGCGUCACACCAACUUGCCACUUCAUCCAAUUCAGCCAAGCCUUCUGCACCGUCUGCUAGCGCACCGCAAACGCCGCCCGCCGACAAGAGCUUUGUCCAAUUCUCCACACCAGAACAGGACCGAGCAACGCCCAAAGCAGAGCUCACAUCAUACGACAACGCAUCGUUCAGCAGCAGCUUCCUUCCAUCGACUCUCAGCGCGCAGACCAGCAUCGUCAGAGAAAUGGACCGACCCGGCCUUCCGCGCGAAAUUUCGCUCAAGACAUUGCGCUUGCCGCCGAACAAGCUCGAAGCCUCUCCUGGCCCUCGCGAAGAAGCCGCUUUGCAGGCCGGAGCCAUUGCCGCCGCUGCAGCUGUUCCCCCAGUCAUAUCCAGCUCGGGAUCGCCGAGCAACUUCUCAAAGCCGUUCAGCCGCGCCUCACCCGCCUUCAACGGCGAGCGUACGCUGCAGUCAUCCGACGAGAGCGCAGAUGUCGUGAAAUGGAGACGCAGUCAAGAAGCUCUGGCAACCUUUUCACCUCUCCAACAAAGCCGCUUCUCCGAGGCGAGCACGGACCGCUCCGACUCUCGUGCACCCACUCGCAACGAGAAUCGCUACUCGGGUCGCGCUUCCAGCGUAUCCAGCGCCGACGGCCUCACCGACGAGGCUACCGACGCACACCUGCUUCCCGCGAGCGCCUGGCACGAAGUCGAGAAUGCUCUCCAACGAUUCCGUGACAAGUCGUCCAACGCUGCUGCUGCUGACCGUGGCAAUUUGCUGCGUGCUGUUCUGCUCCCCUUUUUGGCGCUCGAGGCAGAAACUGCCACAGUCGAUGUCGUCGGCUCGGGCGUCUACGUCAAAGGCAGAGCGAGGCGUGCACUCUUCUUUGACUGGAUUCGCUCGCUCUUGUUGGAGCUCCAACACGUGCAGACCUCGGCCGACCGUGGUGCCAUUCUCGAAAGCAUUGCUUGUAUCAUUGAGAGCCGCAACUUUUCCGCUUCGAUCCUCAGCACGGAUCCAGAGGACGAAGCUCGCUUCUCGUCCGUCUUUGGUCACAUUCUGUCGUACGCCAUUGGCGAGCUAAACAAGAAGGGUGUCUACCAGAAUACGCUCAUCUUUUCCGGUCGCCUGUUGGCUGUUGCGUUUUUCCGGGUCAAUGGUGUCGCAAGCAAGCUGCUGCGUGCUCUGCCCGUCAAUCGCUUUGCCCUUGAGCGCGUCGCGCGCGAGUUUGACUGGCAGAGAAAGAGGCCUGUCGACUUUCACCGAUUCGCCAAUCGUUUUCCUGCCACCCUACGCCCACUGUGUUACAAGGAUUCGCGCGAAUACCUCAAGAUGCUUGACAGCGAGUCGGUUGCAGUCUCGACGAACGGCACGGAUCCUCAAAGCGCUGAAGACGAUCGAUUCUUGGUCUGCCAGCCCGAGGUGGAAGUGGAAAUGUCGGGCAAUUGGCUUCGUCGAUGGCAGUCGGACGACUCGGAGCUCUUUUUCAGCUUUUGCCGUAGCUACCACCGUCAGCUUGCCAGCUUAUUCGCUAGCUCCAAGACGCUUGAAAGCGUGUCCAAGUACUUCUUUGGCGGUCCCGGAUACGCGCAUCUUGCCACGUGUGUACAUCAAAAAUGUCUGGCUUUGGUGCACCGCGUCAUCUUGUCCGUCACCACGCUCUCAUCGCAGAAAAACUUUAACCCCGCCGGCGAGACGGCCAACGUGCUUUCCGGAAGCACUGCCGGCAAACCACGCAUCCUUGAAGCUGCCAAUCGCCGAUGCACGGCCAUCGUAGUCGACAUUGUGCGUGCGCCAGCGGGCACCAACAUGAUCUUUGCGCCCAUGCUUGGUUUGCACAUCAAGGCGCUCGUCAAGCGAACCUCGCUGUACGACGUGCAGGGCGUCUUUUGUCUGCUCGACUGGCUCGAUGGCGUCAUCAGCCACAUGGACUCGAUCGACUUUAUCGGCGAAGGUUUGAUCGACGUCUCGUUCAUCAUCACCACCAUCGGCAUGCUCCUUGAGAACGCCGAUCACGCGCUGGCACUCAUGCGUACGAUCGCCUUCUGCUACGCCAACUUUGGCGUGCUGACCGCGACGAGCGAGAACCGCAUCUACUUUUGCGAACAGAUCCUGCUCAAGCCGACCGUCUUCCACAAGCUCUUCCUGUCAUGGUCGUUUACGAUUCGCGCCUACUAUCUGCACCUCCUCGUCUUCCGACUGGCGCGCAUUCACGAUUUUCCCUCGCCGAGCGACGAUCCAGCUGGAAGGACGGCGGUGCGUGUGGUACGUCUGUUCAACCAUCGGUUGGAGACGCUGCGAAAGAGGCACGAUCUGCUUUCGCCCGAGAUCGACUCGAGUUCGGACGGGACCAAGUCGGAGGAUGGCAAAUCGAGAAAGUCAGGCACUUCGACGUUUGUCAGCACCAUUAAACGCGCCUCUACGGAUGGCGGCGCAAGCUCCGAAGGAAGCACCGACAGCCGACCCAAGGCGGAAAAGAUCAUGGGCAUGACCGCCGUGGAUUCCGCAAAGUCUUCCGACUCAAAAAAGUCGUCACACUCCAAAACCAAGAACUGGCUCAAGGCGUUCCGUGGCUCGAGCAAGGAGGGCAAGAACGGAUCGAAUCGCGCCAUCCAGCCCUUCUCGCCUACUUCUGGAAAGACGACGACAACGGCGACCGAGUCAGACGACGACAGCAAGACCAUCGGGAGCGCGCGCACCACGCCACGCACGUCGUUCGAAUCAGCAAGCUCGGAUACCAUCUCGGACGUUUCCACGCUCGCUGGCAGUAUCCGUGGAGGCAAAUCCAAGAGCAGCAGUAGCGGCUUUGAAUUUGACAUCAAAGAGCAGCAACAGGCGGCGAGGUCGUCGUCGCAAGCGGCCGAUAGCACUGGAUCGGGAUUGGUGCUGUCCCCCACCCACGACGCUGGUAUCGCCAAGGACACAGUCUUUGAUCUGCAAUCAGGACAUGCACAACACCCACCGACACCGGGAAGAACGCCCAUGUCACCGCGUAUCUCUCGGGCCUUCUCACGACGGGUCUCGAUGCUGCCUGGACCAGCGUCGGAGCUUGUAGCGGAAGCAGAGGGGGACGCAGCGCCACCGGUGCCCGAUCUGCCCGCAGACCACCUGGGUUUGGGGCUAAGCGGCAUCAAUGGCAAUGACACCACCUCUUCCACGGAGGUGUACGACGAGACGCUGCACAUCUAUGCUGUUCAGAGUCUGCGCGAGUAUGAGCAGACGGUGCAGGAGCACGACGAAUUUUUUGCCUCGCUCCCGCAGGAUCAGUCGACACAGGUGCCUCGAUUACCCGUCAACUGGCCUGCUAUGUGGUCCUCUACCGGAGAGUAA